AUGAAACUGUUCUUCCCGUUUGUCAUCCCGAACCCGGCCUCGAUCUUCGACGUGGUACGGUUCUAUCAACGGGCGACCAACCUCUACGGAAUGACAUUUUACACGUUUAGUGAAUUGCUGCGAGGAAAGCAAAACAUUCGUGUUACCACGGUCCAGAUUUUAAACUUCGUCCGUUUGAUUCUGCUAGAGCUGGCCGUCGCGGUCAUCUACAGUCAGAUAACGUUGAGUAGUCAUUCGAAAGGCUCUUACGUCCUAACAAUUGGACCCCGCUUCAUACUGGUUUUAAGUGCCGUCAGUUUAGUUGUGAUAUCACUGAUAGAUGCUUUCAAGUUCCGCUUAGCAGUGGAGAUUUUCCAGAAGAUUCAUGCCGUAGAUGAGCGACUCCAUCUACUAAAAGUUGAUUCGGGUCAUGCUCAGCAACAGAACACGCUCAUCAAAGUUUCGUUGUUUAUUGUGCUCGUUUCCCUAAUUUUACAUGUCAUAACAACUCUAUCGUUUAUCAUUGAUAUCCGUGACGUUCGCUUCGUCCUUUUGGUAACUGUGUGUAGUUUUGUGUUCAACACGUCGUUAACUCUGACAUUUGGCAACUACUUGAUCCGAAGCUAUCUGAUUGCAACACGAUUUCAACUUGUUAACCAAGUUUUUUCAGCCCGGUUUGACAUUUCGAGUCGAAGACAAUUCCUACUGACGAAGGAACUGCCCUUGAAUCGAUCCAACGACCUGGAAUUGGUGGGCAAGCUGGCCGAUAUUCAUGCCGAUUUGUCAGACACAGUCGAUCUGCUAGGCGAGAUCUAUUGGGUCCAAACGAAUCUGAUCAUGGUGAACGUAAUUGGAACUGCUACGUUUAGCUUCUUUUCCAUGUUUCGCUCACUGCUGAAUGGCGAAGGAUAUCUGUUUUCGCAUAGUACCGGAACCAAUUUGUGGGGUUUAUUUUAUUUGACAAUGCUAGUAACAUUGCUAGUUCAAAGCUUUCUACUUGGUUGGUACGCCAACAGAACGACCGUACUGAUCUACAAAGCACUUAACAAUACAAAGAACGAACGUUUGGUGCAGAGCUUACGAUACUUUGCACGUCAAAUCCAAGACCGACCGGUGGUAGCUCGGUUCAAAACUUUCGACGGAAGCCUUCAGGUGUUACUUUCGAUCAUGGGAACGAUCGGAACCUAUCUUGUGAUACUGUUUCAGUUUGAUGAUAUGAUAAAAGUUGCCACGAAGGACAAUGCUCAACUCGCAACAUCAACCAACUAA